AUGGGUAGCUUUUCUGAUUCCUCGGAUGGCAACCGAGACAGACCACGCAAUAAUGCCGUUGCACACACCGCCGUCGAGUUCGCACAGCAGGCAGAGAAGCUGUCACAUCAGAGGCACGAGACCAAUGAUUCCGAGGUCGCCGUCGAAGCCCGCUUCGUGACGCCGCAUGAUCCUAUUGUGGUCACUUCAGAGGGCCACAGGCUCCCGGGUGUUCCACUUGAAGAGGCACACAAACUGAACAUCCUGAAGGAAGAACUCCAGGACGGCCCUGAAGUGGUCAGAAUCAGACAUGGCAACGAGACACAAGAAGAAAUUUCCAACGCGGAAGAAGGUUCGGAAAGGAAGGAGAAGGUGAUUUCGCUGCCCACAGACCAAGAUGGACAGUCUCUACAGAGACCACAAGAAGGCUCCCUUCGCCGACAAAUGCCGCCGUCACACACCAAUCCCUUGUUUCCCCCUCUCCCACUCUAUGGCCCGCCAUCAAUUUUCCGAGACUUCCAAUGCUUCGUUUUUCGUGUAUCGGCCUUCUUCCUGAGUUUGGCGUUUCUUGCAGUCAUUGUUCUAGGCGCUCUCUUCACUAGCUUACCGCCUUUAUGUACGAGGCUAUUUUACCGCCUUACUCUUCGAAACCCCGAGAGGAGGAGACCAUUUUACGAAGAAGAGAUACGCAGGAACAACUUACGGAACGAGCAAAACAAGAAAUGGAAGCGCAGUGAGUCCAAUGCGAAACUCCUCAAAAGCAAGGAGUCCUCGACCGAUGAGUAUAUCCCGACUGAGGGCGGCCACGAUCCGAUUGUUUGUGAUGUCGGGUACUAUGCCCGCCGCGUUGGCCUGGACGUUGAAGAGUUUCAGGUUCAGACGGAGGAUGGAUUCUUGAUUGACUUGUGGCACGUCUAUGACCCCAAGGAAUAUACAAGGAUGAGCGAGGAAGAAAGAUCUGACAGGGGACCCGACAUUUUCACACCCUCGAGGAAGAAGCUCAAGGAUCCCGAACAGAAACGCAAAUUCCCCGUACUGCUCAUGCAUGGUCUUCUACAAAGUUCUGGCGCAUACUGCACCAAUGACGACGACUCACUCGCAUUUUACCUCUGCAAGUCCGGCUAUGACGUCUGGCUUGGCAACAAUCGCUGCGGCUUCAAGCCCAAGCACGUCUUACUGGAAUACUCCGAUCCGAGAAUGUGGUGCUGGAAUAUCCGCCAGAUGGGUGUUUUCGAUCUGCCAGCGUUGACCUCGCGAGUCCUUUACGAGACAGGAUUUGAAAAGAUCGGGCUGAUCUGCCAUUCCCAAGGUACGACGCAGACGCUGGUUGCGUUGGCAAAAGAGCAACGACCAGACAUUGGCGAGAAGCUGACUGUCUUUUGCGCUCUGGCGCCGGCUGCCUACGCCGGCCCCUUAAUUGGGAAAAUGUACUUCAAGUUCAUGAGAAUCAUCACCCCGGGCAUGUUCCGAUUGAUGUUCGGAAUUCACGCAUUUAUCCCUUUUAUGAUGCAGAUGCACCAGCUACUCCACCCCAAGGUCUACGGCUGGCUCGGAUACAAGGUCUUCUCCUUCCUGUUCGACUGGACGGACACGCGAUGGGAUCGUGGGCUGCGAGACCGCAUGUUUCAGUUUGCACCUGUCUAUGUCAGCUCAGAAUCGAUGCGCUGGUGGCUCGGAAGAGAAUGUUUUGCACGGCACAAGUGUAUUCUUUCUACAAAGGAGGAUGUUCGUGCUGAGGAGAAGGAAGACCGGAUCAAUGGACACGACGCCCACACUCUGAGAGCCGACGACGCCGAUGGCUCCCUCUCACAACGAGCCGUGGAGGAACACAUCCGUAAGCCCAAGGGAUCGACAGCUUGGUAUAAUGAGCAAGCACCUCCUUUCGCCCUUUGGGUUGCCGGCAACGAUGACCUCGUCGAUGGCAAGAAGCUCCUUCGAAGAUUUGAAAGAGGUCGGGAGCCGCAUGUUGAGGUGGUUCACAGCAAGGUUAUCCCAGAGUACGAGCAUCUUGACGUCAUCUGGGCUAUGGAUGCUCCGCAGAAGGUGUUCCAAGAGGUGCGCGAGGUCCUCUGGAAGACCUGCAAUGCACGGGACAAAUGUCGCACCCCAAAGGGGUGCGAGAAUGUCGCACAAUGGAGGCCAUUGACUCGCAAAACUACGAACGGAGACUCGGAGGAAAGCCAGUCGAGCAGUGAUGACACAGAAUAA